AAAAACAUGUAGUUGUAGUGGUGUGCCGUGUGUAGAACAUGUUUGUAUUUAGUUGUAGUGGUGUUCACCAUUUAGCAUAACUAUUAGGUUAUAAAUAAUAACAAAUAAUCUUUAUAAUAAUUGAUAAUAAUGUUAAUACAAGUAUUAAAAUGGUACAAAGCAUCAUCACCAGCUGUGAUAUCGAAUUUAUUAAGAUAUCAAGUUGCUUCAAUGAGUACUGGAGUUCAAGAAAAAAAAUGGGAUUUAAUGACAGCAAUUUGUGUAGAAAGACAUCCAAUAUUAACAAAACCAAAAUUAGAAAUUGAAGAAAAAUUUCAAGAUAUGUUAGAUGAAAUUGAACUUGAAAAUAGUAUGAAAUCAGAUCAUGAAAUAAGAUUUGAAGCUGAAACAAAACAACAAGAAAAUUUAAAAAAAGGUUUUGUUGAUAUUGAUCAAGAAAAAGUUGCAACACAAACAGCUCAAGAUAUUGAAGAUGCUGGUAUUGCUGAAUUUGAAAAAUUUAAAUUAACACCAAGAUUAACAGAAGCUGAUAAAAAAAAUAUAAUGACUUCAUUGGAAAGAAAACUUGAGAAAACAUUAGUAUUGUUGGUACAACAAAAAGUUGGAAAUAAGGAUUAUUGGUUAUUACCACAAGGAUUGAGAGAAGAUGGUGAAACUCUUAGACAGGCAGCAGAAAGAGUUUUACAAAAAACUUGUGGUGAAAAUUUAAAAGCUAAAAUUUAUGGAAAUGCACCAGUUGGAUUUUACAAGUAUCGUUAUCCCAAAGUAGCAAGAGAAGGUGGUACACAAGGUGCUAAAAUUUUUUAUUAUCUUGCUAGAUAUGAAGAUGGUAAUGUUACAGAUAAUGUUGACUAUCAAUGGCUUGAUAGACAAGAAUUGGAAAAAAAUCUUCCUAAAGAAAUUUGCAAAAGUGUCACUACGUUUCUCAUCAAAGAAUAAACAAAUUAUUAAUACUAAAAUGUAAAUAGAAUUAUUGAUGGUAAAACAAAAAAAAAACAAACAAACAAACCAACAAAACAAAAAAACAAUU